AUGGACGAAAAGGAAACAAAGGCCUGCAACCAAGCAAACGGCACGCAUUUGACGGGUGAACAAUCCCCCCAGCAAGUUCAGCAGCGACCCAAUGCCGAUGCUUCCUCCCCCUCCGAAGCCCGGCGACAACAACAACCGGCAGGCGUGGAAACCUUGCAGGAUAGGACUCGCGAGAUUCGUCACUCAGUGCAAAUAAACACUGAGCCAAUCAUAUAUGAAGUGACGACUUACAAUGACGACGACGAAAUGGAUGAUGACAGUGGUGGUGAUCCUGACCGCGACAAUAUCGACGAUCCAGAUCUCUCUGAGGAUGAUGAAGACGUGGAUCUUGUUGACUCUGCAAGAACAAUAUAUGCACAAGACAUCGACUAUAUCUAUGAGCACGACAAACCGUACCUUGCCGAUUACCAUCUGCCCUACGAUGCAAACGAACAGGCGCAUGUCGGGACGGGCGUCGGCGAAUGGGCUGUUAAUAUGGCCGAAAAGUACCGAAAAUGCGAGGUUUUCGGCACCGACAUCGCGCCCAUCCAGCCUUCCCAGGUUCCCUCGAAUGUCGAGUUUGUCCUCGAGGAUGCCGAGGACGAGUGGCUUCAUACGGCCAACCAUUUCGAUUUGGUUCACCUGAGGAACAUGGAGGGUGCCUUUUCCGACUGGGAUUUCAUUUAUCAACAGGCCUUUUUGUGCCUGAAACCCGGCGGCUGGAUUGAGGUGAUUGACUGGGUGGACUGGUUUGCUGACCCUGGCAUCCUGGCAUUCUUCCCUCCGGGCUCAGCCUUUCAGACGCUUGCCAGGGCUGUCAGAGAGGCCGUGGAGCUGACUGGGAAGCCCCGUGAUGGACGGCACCUUGAGAAGCAACGACUGACGGAUGUGGGCUUUGUUGAUUUCCACGAAAAGGUGUACGAACUCGGCAUUGGGGCCCUCGAGAAUGACUGGUAUGGUAGGGACGUGGCGUUGAUUCUGGUGUCGGGCCUUGAGGCUGAGUGCGGGCGGUUGUUGACCAAAUAUCUCGGUUGGGAUUUCGAGGAUGUGGUAGACCUCUGCAAACAGGCUGGAAACGAAAUCAAGGCUAUCGCUUCUGACACAACCCGUACAGAAAAGUUCGCCAUUAAAGCUCGCUUUGUCAUCGCCCGCAAGCCGCUUGUGGCGGGGCAGUGGACAGCCAAGGCAUUGAACGAAAACGGCGAGAUCCUCGAGCUAAGCGGGGAUGAGAGCGCAACUGGCGGGGGUGAUAUCGUGCCCGAGCAGGCGUCAUGA